AUGAAGCUUUUAUCAAUUUUAUUGGGCGGCUCUGCCUCAUUCACAACAAGUGAGUAUUCAACAUCAACAACGACGGAACCGACUACGCCGACGGACGGAUACGGCUGGACGACAGACUGGUGGGAGACUGUUAUGAGCACGACCUCAACUGGUUUUUUCGAAUAUCCGAAUGAAUACCCGCCCUUUUCGCGCUGCACUUGGACCAUCAAUCUUGGUGAGAAUAAAGCCUUUCAAAUCAUCCCUCGGGCUUUUGAUGUCAACCGAACCUGGAGAAGAACCUGGAAUGGAUGGAAUGUCGAUUACGUAUUGAGCUGUUUCUACGAUCACGUGACAGUCAACGCCAAUGGGGUCGAGCGAACUUUCUGCGGAAAAAAUGAGGAUCCGGUAGGAAGAUCAGUUCCUGAUGAAGAUCUUGAUGAGUUCGAACCCGAAGAAGAAGGAAAACACCACGACGGAGAUCUUUCAAACGUCGAAGAAGGAUUUCCCAUCAUCGUUGUUCCAAGUGGCUCGGCAGUGGUGACAUUUCAAUCGAAUUGGGAUUAUGCAAAAUCCGGCUUUGAACUCGAAAUAGCCGAGCUUUCAAGAUUGCAAGUCAUCGAAAUUCAUGCGCAAAGAAUUUUCAAGUCUCUUCCCAAAAAUCGCUUCGGGGAAAGAUACCAACACCGCAUGGAAAGAACUUUUGCCCAAAUGAAAGCGGCUUACACUGGCGACCAGUGUUACGAAGACAACGGUUUCGGUGAAGAAGCAGCUGACAUCAACGUUUUUGACGAAAACGACAUGUGCAAACUAAACGGGCAAAUCAACGCGGCCAUCAAUAGCUUCGCACGAAACUAUGCUUGUGAAGGAAGAGGGAAGGUCCAUCGACAAAUCAUCAGAUCUGCGCGAAAAACUCGAAAUUUUUACGCUGCGAAAAAUGACUGUUAA